AUGGAAAUCCGCACCAGGGCUCGUAUAUCAAGCCUUACCCUGGCCAAGGGAGUGAGUUUUGGCAAGAAGCGGGACAAUCCGAACAAUUGCAAGGUUAAGACCAACUAUGGAAUGAUUGAAGGACGUCGCUAUACUACUGCUGAUGGAUUUCAAAUGGAUGCGUUUUUGGGGGUACCGUAUGCCCAACCGCCGGUAGGAGAGCUGAGGUUUGAGACGCAGAGUUGGUUAGCCCCGGUACAGGUUUUCUGCGCUGCUUCUUCACGUGUCAGCCAAGCCAUCGACGAAAGAUAUGGAACGUUCCCGAAAACUGCGCUAGCGCAUCAAGACGACCACCACCACCGCAGCGGGUAA